AUGGGCGUCUCUAGUACAUCCUACUGUUGGAACCCUCCCGACGAUAUUCGCAUGUGCUGGGAUUCCGACGACUCCGAAUUUACGAACCUGGACACAGACUCAGUGGAAGAUAGUAGUAGCCAAUUUAGCGAGCACAGCAGCCUGGGUGAGGCGCCCAGUGAAGACGGUGCAGAUAGACCCGCGACAAAGCGUGCUAGGGCAGACAAAGUAACCGAUACGGGAGCGGCACCAGUAGCAAAAGGUUCUAGCAGAAGAAAGAAAACUCCUUGUCUUAUUGUUACUGUGCCAACCCAUAUUCUUCUCGAGAUCUUUGGCCUUUUGGAACCAGUAGAUCUUUUACAUCUGUUCCGCACCAACAAGGCUUUCCAUAAGGUUCUAUCAUCUAAUAAUGCAGUCUCAGUUUGGAAAGCUGCUCGCGUCAACCGUGGUGGUGUUCCUGACUGCCUACCUGGCAUGUCUGAGAUGGAAUGGGCUAACCUAUUAUUUGGUGGUUUUCACUGUCAAGAAUGUGGCGAGAAGGGAAUGUGGCAAAUAGACUUUGGUAUCAGGCGCAGAGUAUGUUCCCUCUGCCUCGAUGAAAACCUAGUCUGUCUUGGUCGCUGCGUCUCUGAAUCUGAAUUUUCUAAAUACGAUCCGAUCAUGAUGGAUUUGAUCCCAUCCAGUGACAUCGGUGUAGAUGAUCGUAUUCAUGUCACUGACUGCGAGUUUUUUUGGUUAGAUGACGUCCUGAAAAUGGCAAAAGAGUUGGAGGUGUACCUCAAACCAGGUGCUGAGCAAGCAUUAGAAGACUUCAAGCAAUCACGCAAGAAAUAUGUUAAUUCCGAUAUCGACCAUAUAGCGGUCUGUAGCGCUUGGGCUAACGAGGACGGUAAACGUCAAUUGUCACGUGCCCGUGAGCUUCGUAUCCAAAAUACAAAGCUGUUUGAAGCUAGACUGGCCGAUCUCGGCCACAAUGCUGAAGAUGUGGAGCGCAUGUUCAAGCGUCAUCACUAUGGCGUACUGGACAAAGAGCUUACCGAUGCACGCUGGGAGCGUUUGUUUCCAAAAGUCGAGCGUAAGCUUGCUGAAUUGCAGGAAGAAUGGCGCCUCGAGAAGCAAAGAAAAGUAUCGUAUGUCCGGGAGUCUCGCCUGUUGGCUAUGUAUCAGAAAUACGUGCAGCCGUUGCCACAGGUCAUCACACCUCCUCCCCAAGAUUUCAUGAAGCUCUGUGAUGUUGCAGAAUUUAUCGAAAGCCCACCCACUGGGGAUGAAGAAAGCGAUAUUCAACCUUGUUCUGCUUUCGCGGAAAGAUUUCCCGAGUUUUGUGCUGAAUGUGUGCAUAAAAGGAAGCUCGAACUGACACGACUACUGGCCCUCUCCACUGAUGUACUGCAAGAUACUACGACGCUACAAAGCCAAGGAAUCGAUGCCCCUGAUGAUAUGUUACUGCAGCUGGCGACCUCCGUUUUCCAAUGCACUCGCCUGGGCUCCUUCCCACUGAUUACGUGGGACAAGGUGCUGCAUCACAGAUGGUCUUCUCACAAUCAAGACGUGGCCCGAAAUUACGCAAGAUCGGCGUCGAUAUCAUCUUGUACAUUUUCGAUCUCCCAGCGUGGGGUUGCCGCUGCACGUUCUUUGUUAGGCUUAAUCGGUCUCAACGCCAAAACUACGACUGCAACCACAAUGGAUAGUCUCCAGUGUCGCUUCUUCUGCUCCAACUGUCCACCCAAGCCAGAGAAUGGAGGAUCGUACCGGAUGGCAAUGAACUGGCGUCAGGGCGUGUUUCAUUACGUCGACCAACAAGGUCCAUCGCACAAAGAGCCUCGUUGGGAGUUCUUGAGUGACGCACAACUUCAAGUCAUCCGAAGUUGGCGUGUGCCCGAAUAUCCCGGAGCUACUCAGAAAGUGUGGCGUUGUAACAAAUGCGAUUCAUACUACGGAGACCCAACUACAAAGGUUGCCGUGAUUAAUCAUAUGAAAUCGCAUAGAAUCACCACUCCGACUGAAGGAAUUGACUUUAGCUAUGACCAAGGCGCCAUCGAGAAACCGCCUCCAGCAACGAAGUUCUUCGUUACCCAUCAGAUCGGGAAGCCCUCAAAGUCGGGCACAACUCAGAAGUCUAAACCUUCUACCGAGUUGGGAUAUCGCUGUCGACGUUGCAAUGGCUUAAAUCGGACUUUCAUGUUGGAAGGUGUCAAGCAGCACAUCAAAUCCAAGCACAAAAUCGAUUCCCCGAGUGAAGGGCCAGACUUUUGCAAAUCAAGUAACCCCAUCGCACUUUAA